GAUAACAUUAAACUCCUCGUUAAACCCUACCAGCAUCAUCUCGCUUGGAUUGUAUCUCCAACUCAACAAACCCAUUUAAAGUAGCCCAGAAGAGGUUUCAAGUACUCACUGUUCUGCUAUCACUCUUUCUCUCUCUAGAGUCAGUCAGUGCGUGCGAAGGCUGAAGAGGAGUGAAGAUGGCAAAGCGUUUGAUCCCGACAUUUAAUCGCAUAUUGGUGGAGAAAAUAAUCCCUCCUUCCAAAACCAACACCGGUAUUCUUCUUCCUGAGAAAACCCCCAAGAUGAAUUCUGGAAAAGUUGUUGCGGUGGGUCCCGGAGCUCGUGAUAAAGACUGCAAGUUGAUUCCUGUUACUCUGAAGGAAGGAGAUACUGUUCUUUUGCCUGAAUAUGGAGGCACUGAAGUGAAACUCGGUGAAAAAGAGUAUUUUCUAUAUCGAGAUGAAGAUAUCAUGGGAACUCUUCAUGACUAAUUCAACAUGCUCCAUCACAUUAAAGACUUGAAAGCUAAUCGAGUUACUGCCUGUACUCUGUGUUGUUUAGAUUUUGGUUAUUGUUGGUUCCUAUCAUUUUUAGCCAAAGCUUGUAUCAAACUUGAAUGUCUUGUUUAUCCUUGAGGGAAAUCAGGUUGGAAAUAAGUGUGCUGCCCGGAAUGGAAAGGGCAAACUUUUGUUA